AAUGUCUCUACUUGUUUGCUCACCUCAACCAUCUUUUCCUCAUCAAUUUACAAGUGAUAAAAUGGAGUCGCUUGCAGUUUUUCGCGAUGAAGACUCAUUUAACAGAAUGUUCUCAUAUGAAGAAGGUCAGCUUAAUUUCAUGCAGCAAAUUUUUCAUCAGUUUUCCUUUUCUCCGAUGCACGAUGAGUGGUCGAGCUUGGUAAAUCCGUCGACAUUUUGUCCUAAUCCUGAAGCCAAUAUGGGCGUUGCUGGGGUCAAUGAGAGUUUGUUCUGUUCUUCCAACGCUCUUGAUUCUAAUUUCCACUACCAAUCUCAGGAAAGUAGUUGGAGUAGCAAUUCAAGUAGUAGUGUCUUUGUUCCCCAGCUAAAUUAUGAAACCGAUUUCCUUGGUGAUUCUAAUCAUAUUGCUGUAACAAAUGGUAUCACCAUGUCCUUGGAUAUUUCAACGGACAUUGACGGGGUAAAUGAUAAAAUUACCGAUUCGUUUCCCCCUGCAUUCACCAACAUUGCAAUGGGAGACGCUGUUAAUGUCAUUGAAGACUUGAGCACUGAUAAUGCUAACGAAUUGCUUCUCAAGAGGAAGUUCGAUGUGCUGGAACUGCAUGAUGAAGGGUAUAAAAUCAAUACCGAAUCAUCUCAGACCACAAAGAAAAGAGCUCGGCUUCCAAAAGAUUCGAAUAAGAACCGGAAGAACAAUGUAAACGGCAAUGAAGAGAGCAACAUUGGAGGGGACGGACAGAGUUCUAGCACCUCUAGUUCAGAUGAUGACAAUGUUUCUCAAGCUCUUAACUUAAAUGGAAAGAGAAGAACCAGCAGAGGAAAAGAAGAGAAAGGAUUAAUGAGAGAUUGAGACUUUUACAGAGCCUUGUCCCAAACGGAACUAAGGUUGAUAUCAGCACGAUGCUUGAAGAUGCCAUUCAUUAUAAAAGAAGAGAAAGGAUUAAUGAGAGAUUGAGACUUUUACAGAGCCUUGUCCCAAACGGAACUAAGGUUGAUAUCAGCACGAUGCUUGAAGAUGCCAUUCAUUAUGUGAAGUUCUUGCUAUAUCUCGAUUCCAUUGGCAGAAGCCGAAAUAUCUAAAUCUUUUUUUGUUUGGUCAUUUCAGAAAAGAAGAGAGGAUUAAUGAGAGAUUGAGACUUUUACAGAGCCUUGUCCCAAACGGAACUAAGGUUGAUAUCAGCACGAUGCUUGAAGAUGCCAUUCAUUAUGUGAAGUUCUUGCAGCUCCAAAUUAAGCUCUUAAAACUCUGAUGAACUGUGGAUGUAUGCUCCCAUUGCUUACAAUGGCGUCGAUAUCAGUCUCAACAAGAAAAUCUGAACUCUUUUAUGAACAGCUUUGAUGAACUGUGGAUGUAUGCUCUCAUUGCUUACCAUGGUUGCAGUUUUAGUUAACUAUCAACAAAUUUCUAAAAGCAAAAUAAAUUAAUAUUAUAUAUA